CAGGCUGGACAAACGCUGCACAGCUAUGGAGAAUGAACCCAACACGACGACGUGUUCUGCACCCACCACGACCGUCAGCAGCACCUCCACCUCGCGCACGCCGCUGCCGCAGAUCUCCGUCUACAGCGGCUCCGACAGACAUGCUGUCCAGGUUAUUCAGCAGGCCUUGCAUCGUCCUCCUAGCUCAGCUGCUCAGUACCUCCAGCAGAUGUAUGCAGCCCAACAGCAGCAUCUAAUGCUGCAGACUGCUGCUCUGCAGCAGCAGCACUUAAGCAGUACCCAAUUUCAGAGUCUGGCAACUGUUCCACAGGCAAGCCUGUCAGGUGGGAGGCAAUGUACUUCCCCCACUGGGAGUGUCACUCAGCAGUCAAGCGUGUCGCAGACCUCGAUUAACCUCUCCACCUCUCCUACACCUGCACAGAUAAUAAGCCGCUCUCAGACCUCCAACACCACCAGCAGCAGCAUCACCCAGCAGACGAUGUUGCUGGGCAGCACCUCUCCCACCCUGAGUGCCAGCCAGGCUCAAAUGUAUCUGCGAGCUCAGAUGCUUAUUUUUACUCCUGCGACCACUGUGGCUGCUGUCCAGUCUGACAUUCCUGUUGUCUCCUCAUCCUCCUCAUCUUCCUGUCAGUCUGCAGCUACUCAGGUUCAGAACUUGACGUUGCGCAGUCAGAAGCUGGGUGUGUUGUCAAGUUCCCAGAAUGGCCCACCAAAGAGCAGCAGCCAAGCUCCGUCGCUGUGCCCCAGUAAGGCUGCCAGCAGCUCCAAGGGCAGCCAGGCAGACCCCUCAGAAAGCAAUAGGAAAGGCGAGAGCCCCGCUCCAGAGUGCCGGAGCACGCCGGCCACGCGGACAUCCAGCAUCCACCACCUCAUCACUCCAGCUUCAUAUUCUCCAUUGCAACCUCAUUCUCUAGUAAAACAUCAGCAGAUCCCACUUCAUUCACCACCUCCAAAGAUUUCCCAUCAUCAGCUGAUCCUGCAGCAGCAGCAGCAAGUCCAGCCGAUUGCACUUCAGACUCCUCCGGGCCAGGAGCCGCCUCCAUCCCAGCACUGCCUGCCCCUGCCCAGCCAUGCGCUGCCUCCGGCUCCCAGCAGCGUCCCGUCCCACUGCUCCCCUAUCCACAUCCAUCCUCCGCCUCUCACGCUCUCUCCCACCCCGUCCCAGUCAGCUCAGCAGUCAGUGGUGGUGUCCCCUCCGCCGUCCCACUCCCCGAGUCAGUCACCCACCAUCAUUAUCCACCCUCAAGCCCUUAUCCAGUCGCAGGCCAGCUCCCUGGUGCCGGCUCUGCAGCCCGAGCCGGCCGCUCCCCAGGCGGCUGCCGCCAACCCCGCGCGGCCCUCGCAGCCGCUGAGCCUCCCGCAGCACCUGCCGCUCCCGCCCUCGCCCGCCGUGCACAUCGGGGCCGUGGAGCCGCCCGCCUUGGUUUCCCCGGGCCAGCAGCUCGUGUCCUCCACGCCACACCAGCAGUAUCCAGCCCUGCAAUCCGCUCCCAUCCCUCUGGCAGCUCCGCCUCAGCUCUCGGCAUCUUCAACCCAGAUUCAACCGCUGCCCCUGCAGUCUGUGCAGUCUUUACAAGUGCAGCCUGAAAUUCUGUCCCAGGGGCAGGUUUUGGUUCAAAACACUUUGGUUUCUGAGGAGGAACUUCCUGCUGCAGAGGCUUUGGUCCAGCUGCCAUUUCAAGCUCUUCCACCGCCACAGACCGUCGCAGUAAAUCUGCAGGUGCAGCCGUCAGUUCCGAUUGAAACUCCAGUGAUUUACCAAGUGGAGAAUGUGUGUGAAGAGGAGAUGCCCGAGGACUCAGAUUGUGUCCACAUGGCAAGAACACCUACACCACCCACCUUGUCCCCACCAGCCAUAACCUUGGGCAAUGGAGAGGCUCUUAAUUCAGAAGAUCCUUUAUCAGAACAUGGGGGACUGCCUUCAGUGACAUCAUCAGUCAGUGCCUCAGUAAUUAAAUCUCCAUCUGAUCCUUCCCAUGCCUCUAUUCCACCACCCCCUCUUUUGCUUCCAGCAGCAACGACAAGGAGCAACAGCACAUCCAUGCCCAAUAGCAUUCCCAGCCUAGAAAAUAAACCUCCACAGGCUAUUGUCAAACCCCAGAUCCUGACCCACGUCAUCGAAGGCUUUGUGAUUCAGGAGGGCUUGGAGCCCUUCCCUGUCAGUCGUUCAUCUUUACUGGUGGAACAGCCUGCAGAGAAGAGUCUGCUGGUGGAGGGUCAGAUCAUGAGUGUGGUGUGUGUUGAAUCAGAUUUGCAGAACACAAAACAUGCAGACAACUCAUCAGACACAGAGAUAGAGGAUAUGAUUGCAGAAGAGGGACUGGAUGAAAUUGAAAAUGAUCUUCUGAAGUGUGAAUUUUGUGGGAAAAUGGGAUAUCCCAAUAAGUUUCUGCGGUCAAAAAGAUUCUGCUCCACAUCCUGUGCCAAAAGGCACAGCCUUAGUUGCACUAAGAAAUUUGGGCUGUUUCCAUCAGACAAGACCAGUCGUUGGAAUCGGAAGUCAGAUAGCCAAAGUCUUGGGCGACGCGGGCGUCGGCCGAGCGGCCCUGAGGGGGCGUCACGAGAUCAUUUUCUUAGACAGCUUCCAAUUACUUAUCCAUCUGCAGAAGAAGAUCUGGCUCCUCAUGAAGACGCUGUUCCGACGGCCAUGACCACGCGCCUGCGGAGGCAGAGCGAGAGGGAGCGGGAGCUUCGGGAGCUGAGGAUGAGGAAAAUGCCAGAGAGCAUCGACCUCCUACCAGUGGUGCAAACUGACCCCUCAGUAUGGACUGUCGAUGAAGUUUGGGCCUUUAUACAUUCUCUGCCUGGUUGUCAAGAUAUUGCAGAUGAAUUUAGAGCACAAGAAAUUGAUGGACAAGCUCUCCUUUUGUUGAAGGAGGAUCACCUUAUGAGUGCAAUGAAUAUUAAGCUUGGACCUGCAUUGAAAAUCUGUGCACGUAUCAAUUCCUUGAAGGAAUCCUAGGAGGUGAACAUGAAGGUUCAAACAACAGUUUCUCAGUGACAGAACCAACAGUAAUAUGCCAACAUCUUCACUGUGGCAUGAGUGUUACUGUGAUGUUUUGUUAAGUAGGUGGGGCUCUCCCCACAUAAAGACUUUAAAAUGUUCCUUUGAUUAUACCAGGAGUCCUCUGUAGUUUUCAACAACUAAUAAGUUUAUAGUAAAGCCUGAGUAAUGCUUUCAGUUGAACUUUUUCAUGGAAAAACAUGAAGUGAAAUAUGCUGUGAUAGGUUAGAUAUUCCCCAACAUGUACUUCAUCUUAUGAGUUAUGAUUAACACCCAGUCCCCACCCCAAUCUAGACACCAUUUAAAUUGUGUUGCUGUAUUCUGAAAGACUUUUCCCACAUACAGCAGUGUUUGGACUGAACUAACAGAAGUGUCCACAGGCCCUGUGGAAGCACUAGUACCAGUAAAAUGCUAUGCAUUUAGUUGUGCUCUCCGAGUUUGUUUUAGUCUUGAGCAAAUUGUUUGUAAGGGGUAGGUUGGCAGCUGGUUUUCCUCAUGUAGGCUUACCCUCAUCUCUGCCACUAUAGUAUUUUCUUGAAGUCUGUAAAAUACUAUAAACCAUGUAGAUGUCUCAUCAAAAUCCUCAUGAUCAGGCUACUGACACUCCUGCCAGAGGUAACUGAAGCACAUGUUACUUUACUCUUUGAAUGCUGCUAUGCACUAAGGGGGCAUUAAGUGUUAGGUUUGUAGUUUCACAUGCUGCUAGUUAAACUAGACCAGCAGUUCUCAAAUGGGGGUUCAGAGUGGACCCUGAGGAAGAGUGUGAGCACUCAAGGUUCAGGAUCCCAAAUGCCUGGGUGUGAGGGGCUGAAAAGUGCAGCCAGGACCAGCUCAUGUUGAGACAAGUUGCUUUAGAGACUGGGGGUAGAGAAGGGACAGCAUAACUCAGAUGUUCUUUUUCUUAUACCUCUUCUAACAUGUCUUUCCCUGUAGUGCAUUCCCAUUGCCUCACUGGAAGCUUCCAAGCACCUUUUCCAUGCCCAGUGGCCAGUUUGAGCUGUUCUUGCAGUACUCUGAGGAAGGAGCAGUGAGGCUCCUUCAGAGCUUGUGCAGGAGCAGCUGCUGCUGCCAUGAGGGAACCUGGAGCUGCAGGUCAGCAGGAGGAAUGCCAGCGUUGGCAACUCUGGGAGAACAUCCUGGUUUAGGGCGAAUUUGGGAGGACCAGGACAGAGAAAUAUCCAGGGGCCCUGCUUUGUCCCUCUGGCAGGAGAUUUUGUCUUGGAUGCUGCAGACCCAGGUGGUGGGAUUUUAGUGUCCCCCUCCAUUUUCCCUCUCUCACUCUGUGGAACAAAUACAUUUCCCUAGUUACUGAUGCUCUUGGAAGCUGCCUGGGCUCUGAGGCAGCAGCACCUUCUUGGCCUUUGCUUCCCCACCACCUGUGCACAAAUGUUCUUGGAUGCAUUUUGUCCUUCUGUUCCCUCCCUUUUGCAGCUCCACUCCCCUUAUGUACAGACCUGGUUCCUUAAGCUCUUGUUUAGGGAAAGAAGGGUACGUGUGCUGACAGUCAUUGUGUAUAUUUGAAUUAAAUAUGUGUAUGUGUCUGCAAAUAAUGUAUUUUUUUGUAUUUUAUGCAAAUUAAUGCAUAAUAUAUGAUUGUGUAGGUAGGUAUUCAGGGGGCUGUACAGUAUUCCUGAAGAGAAGAGGAACUGACCUAAAGUUUGAGAACUGCUGCCCUAGAUCAAAAGGAGUCAAUGCACAUACACUGGCUAAAAGGCAGGUUUGUGACAGACAGAUUAAUAUGUAUAUUAUUUAACUGAUGACCUUAAAGAGUAAAUUUGAAUUACAGAAAAAUCUGUGCUUCAUUUUCCUUUAAUUAGACUAUUGCUUUGUUUCCACUAACAGAUUUUCUACCAUUACCUUCUGGUAAUCAACAUUAGAAUCAUUGUUCUUAAUUACAACUGUUUGAGCUUGCUAAUAGCAGAUGUUAUUAAUGUUUUUGUUAACCACUGAAGCUGCAAGUUAGGACAACACGUUGCAGUUGCACGCUGGUAUGUGGUGAGAACCCUUACCCAAAUGGCACCAAAGCUUUAGAGGAUGAAUUGAUGCCUGGGUUUAUUUUGGAGGGAAGUUGCUAAGCACUUUCUAGUUUGUUUUGUUUUUUUUCUAUUUUCAUUUACUGUUGUAAAAUAAACUUCUUAGUUGAAGUUCCAAUGUUCUAAUGUUCAUUUGAAAGACAUUCAAAUGAUGGAGACAGUGGGUUCCCAUUUGUAGCAUUUCUGUAAGAUACACAGUGUAGCAUAUCUGUAACAUAUGUUCUAAAGGAUAUGUUCUGUUUUGAUGAGCUAACUGAAGACUAAAGAUAUCUUAGAUAUUUAUCCUUUGGCUUUUGUCUUAAAGUUUUAUUAUUUUUAUACAGAAAUCUCACUGGCUAAUUUUUAAUCUGUCUUCUGAUUGUACUGUUCUUAGGCAAUGUAAAAAGUAGAGAUACUUAUAAAUGUGGUUUGAUAAUGGUUUAAGGUGUACUAGCAAAUGUGGACUUAGGGGUCUUAUUUAGACCUGUAGUUAAUCAGUGUUACAUGCAUGAGAAUUUCAUGGCUGCUUUAAUUUUGCUUUAUUAGACAGCUUUCAGGAGAGCUUCUCCAGCUAGUGUUUGUGUCCAGCUCAGUCAGAAUCACUGCCAGGUGCCAGGAGCUCAGAGCAGACCCCAGUAAGGCACAUCUGGUCCUGUUCAUCUGGUAUGUAACAUUCCCUGUGGGUUUGGGAGAGCCACAGAAAAUGAGUUAUGCUUUAAAUAUUCAUAAAUGCAACAGCUUAGAAUGUGGGCCUUAUGCAUAUUGAAAGGUUUUUUCCUUCUUCAGUGGUUUUGGUAAUUAACUGGAACUUAAAAGCAGACACAGCUAUACCAACCUGUACUGAUAGAAGUGCACUUGUGCAGGAGUGUUUGCCAGUGUAGCUGUGUCAAUAAAAUGAAUUUUUUAAAAGUCACACCUGUAUGUGAAAGUAGGCUGGAAAAUUUCUAAGAGCAACUGAAGUCUACUUGGGAAGUUUAUGAAUUUGCUCCAAAAAGCAAUAUAAUACUUAAGAGUAACAGUCCUCCAGAACCAUUUUAUGUACUGGCCACUUGCUGUUCAGAUAGGUGAGGUUUUCCCAGGCUCAUACCAUUUCCCGUGUUAGGCUGUACCCUCUUCCAAAAUAAGAAGUAUUAAAGAUUUUAAUUGUAUUUUAACACGUGUUCCCACAGGAUGUGUCUACAAGAAAUCUGUUUUAUUCUCUUUAUUUCCUGGGAUUUUUGCUUUCUGUAUUCAGAUUUCUGGUGUGCAGGAUACCCCUCACAGUAAUGCUUGCAGUAUUUCCCCUGAGGAAGCUUGUCUGCCUCCACUGACUUGAAGUGUCAGUUGAUUUGGCUCAGAGAGUGUCUGAAGGAGUUUCAAACAGGCUGCAUUGUAAAUCCAUUCUUUACUCAUUAACCCAUCUUUUUUUUUUUUUUUCAGAAAUGAAGUUCUUGGUGGAGGGUAAAGCCUUUGCUAGAUUUUUUGUCAUUGAGACAUUUCAAAUAGAAGGUUUUUGUCCUGCAAGCAUCCAUUUCCUCAUUUUUUUCCCUGUGAAAGCAGGUAUUUACCUCCUGACUUCUACUUGUGCUUUGUCCUUAAAGGAAUCCAGAGUUUUGGAUAGAACAGAUUGAAUUCCUUUGUAACUGCAGUUGAGGCAGGAAGAGGAGAGGAUAAAAGGGUAAAACCAACUGUUCGGGCAGAUCUGUGGUACCUUUUGCAUAAUUUCUGUACCUUGACGUGGAAGGAAAUAUUCAGGUACAAAACCAUUGAAGUGUAAUUUGAGUGGAAGUUCAGUGUGAGACCGGGCUGGGUGUCAGUGCCUGGCAUGGCACCUACAACUAAUGCCAGCUUCAGAUGGAUGUUCUCAUUCUAAUAUCACAGCAUCCAUGCAGAAACUUCCACCUCAAGAGCUCAACAGAUUUCUUACACGGUGACAAAUCUACAGCUCUGAGUGAUCAAAGAGUUCAGUGACAGCUGUGUUGAGUCCUGGUUUUGCAAAUAAUUAGACAUCCCCCUAAUUUAUAACAUGAGUAGUUCUGAUUGUACUGAGACUGCUCAUAUUGAAGCUCAGCAUGUAUAAAAGCUUGCAGUGUUACUUUCUCACCAGUAUUGUAUAGAGAUGUCCUGUUAACCUAUACUUAGAAAUAUAUUUGUCAUCAUUACCCAGGUACUUCCUCAUUGAUUGUUUAGGCUGCAGAUAAUGACUGUGCAAAACAAUCAAUCUAGGGUAGUUUUUUAAUAAUGCACCUGAAUUAAUUUAUUAGAGAUGGAGAGAAGCUAAUAUUUUAGAGUAUUUUUUUUUAAAUACCCUGUUCCUGUUAAAUGCUGAGUGGAACAGGUAUGAGCAGAGCUAUUAAUGAACAAUAUCAGUGUAAAGUGUUAAUUGCUCAUAGUGAAUUAAUUUUCAAGUCACUCUUGCAUAGUGACCUGUAGUUUCAGACAGGAGAUA